CUCCGAUAUUCAAUCCCUCCCAACCCCGACAACGACGACGACACCCACGUUCCUUUUCAGCAUCGGAACUGAAAACAAACGCCCAAAAUGUCGACGAAGACGGAGCCCACCCAGAAGCAGUUCGGCAAGGCGAGCCGGACGGUCCCUCACCACUCCCAGAAGGCUUCCAAGUGGUACCCUGCGACCGACGACAAUGGCCCCAAGGCGGUCCGCAAGGCCGUCCGCCCCUGGAACCCCCGAAAGUCCCUCGAGCCCGGUACCGUCCUGAUCCUUCUGGCCGGUCGUUUCCGUGGCAAGCGCGUUGUCCUCCUCAAGAACCUCGACCAGGGUGUCCUCCUGGUCACUGGCCCCUUCAAGAUCAACGGUGUUCCCCUCAGGAGGGUCAACGCCAGGUACGUGAUCGCCACGUCACAGAAGGUUGACCUGUCUGGUGUCGACACCGCCAAGAUCGACGAGGUUGCCGCGCCAAAGUACUUCACUGCAGAGAAGGCCAAGGAGAAGGCCGGUGAGGAGGCUUUCUUCAAGCAGGGAGAGAAGCCCGAGAAGAAGCAGGUCAACAGCACCCGGGCAGCGGACCAGAAGGCAAUUGACAAGGCUCUGAUUGCCAACAUCAAGAAGGUCGAAUUCUUGGCCUCUUACCUCGCUACCUCCUUCAGCCUGCGCAAGGGUGACAAGCCCCACGAGAUGAAGUGGUAGAAAGAGCGGGUUCAAGGUUAGGAAGUUUACGGGAUACCUUUGGGAAAAGGGGUCGGGCGCAGUCUUUUGUGUUUUCUCUCUCUCUUUGCAGUGGCUGAUGGGUUGGUAUGGCUUGGUUUGGCCAAUUGCAUCCGGACAUUGAAAGGGUUCUCUGGCGUCUGUAAUUGAGGUUUCUAAAACAAUUUCACCGCGAAAGCAAAAAAAACAAAACAACACAACACCACAACAACCGCAUCCUGAAGAAGAAAAAGAAAGAAAAAAAAAGAAAGGGAGGUUUUGUGCUCUUUCCGGAUGAGGGUUUUAUCGGUCGGGUUAAAAAUAAGGGAGCAUCUUUGGUCUUUUUUGUUUCACACGGUUCCUUUAUGUCCUCUCCGGAAAGUUAGAGCUUUUUUUUUUUUUUUUUUCUUUGGUUUUUACUGAGACCACCCAGACUACGAGAACAAGACCAAACCUGGCUUCACGCCAGUGAGCAUUUGAUGAACUUCAAGUUGAUGUUUUGAGUAUUG